CCACUCGCGACUUGGAUGGCUACCUAUGCUCAUCGACUUCCUCGACCACAGCGCUCUCCUUGGGAAGCGCGUCUCUAACUCACACAUCCCCUGCUCCAGCCUCGACUUUGCUCAGCAUUCACGAGCUCAUCUCGCCCAAAUCUAUCCCUAUCGACUCGCGGCCCCUAGCGUGCCGCAGGACUGUGGGAGGCGGAAACCAAGUGGUUAAACAGCAGCGGUGCGCCCACCUCGUGCUACACCUUGGUCUUGCCAUCGGCGCAAGAGACAAAGGCGAUUAAGUAAGCUGUAGAGCGAAAGCUGUCGAUCAUUAGCGAGCCACCUACUCUUCCGCCUCACUUCCUUCCAUGAACUUCAAGUCGGGUCCAAAUCUGCAUUCCAUCAGCCCUCCAUCCACUCCCCAAUCAAAGCUACUAGCUCUGCGCACCUCUUCGCCCCAUCCCUCAGAACCAGAGAGCGGCGAAGGCGAGAGCGAUAGUGGCGCAGAACAACCCCACAUCACCCAAAUUGCCGUCAACGUACAUAGAAAGGAGAGCUUGUUUGGUGAGCUCUUGAACAGAAGACAUACGCAGAGAGUUAAGGGCAAAAGGAGAGAAAAAGUCAGAAUGGUGGGACAUCACUUGCACUCCGCUUUCAGGAGCUGGUUCAAAGACACGGAGGACGACGGAUCUCCGCUGCUUCCUGGAGCCCUCUCGAAAAAGUACAACGUCUUGCCACAUGUACUUGGCCAAGGCAGCUUUGCGGUGGUCAAGUCGUGCGUCGAAAAGUCGACAGGGACUGAACGAGCUCUCAAGAUCAUUGCCAAAAAACCCCUGAAGGAGAAUAGCGAGAAGAUGCUUCAGGAGGAGAUCCACAUCUUGGGCAAGGUAGAGCAUCCUCACGUCAUCAAAAUGUGGGAUUUGUACGAGACAAAGGAAGGCGUCUUCAUCGUGACUGACUUGUGCCGAGGUGGAGAGCUGUUUGAUAGGCUUGUGGAAAAGGUCUUCUACAACGAGCUGGAUGCUAGGCAUAUCGUCAGGCAGAUCUUCGAAGGUGUUGCCUACCUGCACAAACAAGACAUCAUUCAUCGCGACCUCAAACCGGAGAAUAUCCUGCUACGGGAGAAGAAGGAACCGAGCGAUAUUGUCAUCUCGGACUUUGGCUUGAGCAAGUUUAUUCCGGACGAAGGUCUGCUGAUGACUGCAUGUGGAAGCCCGCAGUAUGUUGCGCCAGAGGUCCUGCUCGGAAAGGGUUACGGACCGCCAGUCGACAUUUGGUCUGCUGGAGUCAUCGCUUAUUGUCUCCUGGCAGGAUACACACCCUUCUAUGGCGAGGAUCAGCCGACGCUGUUUCAGCAGAUCAUCGGGAUGAAGGUCGAAUUUGAGCCGAAGUACUGGGGCGAAGUUUCAGACUCGGCCAAAGAAUUCAUCCUGAAGUGUCUGUGCCCCGCCGAAAAGCGUUUCACACCAGAACAAGCCCUCAAGCAUCCAUGGCUUGCGGAUCUCCCAGACUUGCACGAGGAUACUCCUGACGAACACAGGGGCUGCUGCCUCAAGGAAAGCGCGAAGCGCCACUUGACAGCCAAGGAAAAGUUUGGCAGAGCAGUGACGGCGGUAGAGACAGUGUCGUACUUGCAGAAACUUCAUCAUCUUCGCCAGCAACACUCAAAGGACAUUCCAGAGGAGAAGCUGCACUCUUUGAUCAAGGUAGCGACGAACAUCAGCUUGCACAAGCGUGGUGACUCACUGCUUCAUUCUCCUACUCACGAAGGAGCAGCUGCGGAUCGCGACGUGUCGACUUCGACCUUGACGCCCUCCUCUUCGGUUGUGCCUACUCCCGAGGGCUCCCUAAUCCAAAUGGCAGACCCCGAGGUAAUAGCGUCCAAGAGUACUACCGCCAAGGGUGCUGGUCGCGAUGCUCCCUUCUGCAUCGCAGGUGGCACUGCGCCGACAUCUCGGCGGAGUGGCACAGCAGCUGUCGCCGCAGCUGCAGAAGCCACCGCCCAUGGUGAGAACCCUGCUGGUAAUUCCGAGGGUCACCCGAUCUCAGACGAUGGCGCGAAAUCCGGUCAGUCAAGUCCUGCGCGCUCCACGUCCGGACUGUCAGACCAAACGAUGACGCCCGGCAGAAGGGCGGCCAGCAAGAAGCCAGAGAAGAAAGACGCAACGUUGGACACUCUUCUGGAUCAGUACAAGUCGGCUCAAUUGCCAUCAUCGGCGCGCGUCGAUCCCACCGCUGAGAUGCAAGAAAAGCCAGAAAUGACGAUCAGCAAAGUCUGGCAGUACAUUCCCUUCUUUAUUAAUCAAGGCAUCUCCAUCACCUCGGCCAUUGCUUCUCAUGCGGUAUACGGACCACCAAAAAAGUCUUGGGGUAUCGAGAUGAGCGUGUUCACCAGAAUCAUGCGUGACUCGGCACAGUAUACCCAGUUCGCAACGAUCGCUGGCAUGCAGUCGUUCUUUGAGCUCAGCUCCUUCUUGCCGGUGCCCAAGGACGGAUUGAUUACGCCUGUCUCUUUCAGAGUCAAGAAACGCAAUCUGAGGGGUCUACUGGCCGAGGUGGAUGCUCAGGAAGAUGGAAAGCGCGAAUUGACAGGCGAAUGGGUCGUUGGCAAACAGACCUGGCGGAGGCUUCAAUCGGAUUGGAGGUCCGGCAAAUCUAGGGAAAAAGAACGCGUGAUCCUAUACAUUCACGGAGGCGCCUAUUUCAUCAUGUCCGCAGUCACCCAUCGACCUUUGACAAUCGCCCUGUCCAAGUACACGGAGUGCAGAAUAUUUGGCAUCAACUACCGGCUCGCGCCCGACUGCAAAUUUCCUGGACCCCUUCACGAUGUUGUUUCGUCUUGGUUCCGCUUAACCGAAGACCUCGGCAUCCCACCGAGCAACAUUGUGAUCGGUGCUGACUCUGCAGGUGGAGGGCUCGCCUUUGCACUCAUGUACUACCUCAGGGACAACGGCUACGAUCUGCCUUCUGGGGCCAUCCUCUUCAGCCCUUGGGUCGACCUCACCAUGUCCUGCGACUCGUGGGAGACUAAUUCGGCCUUUGACUAUUUGCCUAUGCCUGUCAGCGGCAACCACAUGAAUCCAGUCGCUGCUUACUUGGGUGACAACAUUGAAAAGUACAUCACCCAUCCAUAUGCAAGUCCGCUUUUCGGCGACAUGCGGGGCUUGCCUCCCUUACUUAUUCAGUGCGGCGAUGCCGAGGUACUUCGAGACGAAGGGACCUUGCUUGCACACAAGGCAAGCAAAUCGGGAGUGGCAGUUAGACAUGAGCUGUACGAAGACUGCGUGCAUGUCUUUCAAGCUUUCCUCUUCCUCGACGCUUCUCGCAAAGCACUGCAGUCCGCCAGGCACUUUGUGCGCACAGCGCUGGACAAGCGAGACAAGCGCAAGUCUAUCCAGCGUGACACUAGCCGACAGACUGUGGAUUCCGAAAUGAGAGCAGGCAUGGUCAACGAACGCGGCGAGUCUGUAGAGCCUCGCACGGGCGAAAAGGCUGGCUCGUACAAGGUCGAGAGGGGGACAGAGUCGGACAGCGAGACUGCCGGACAGCAAGGACAAAGAGAGCGCUCAGGUCGGACAAAGGAAGAGGAAGCCGAGUGGGCGGAAUUUGACGAGGCUGCACGGAGGGCCGCUUCUGCGGCUCAGCCCGCCAACGUCGCAAAGAAAGCUCUCGGAGCCGAGGCUGAAGCAAAGCGAGCACAGUCCGACGCGGGAGGGCCCGCCAAUGGCAGCAGAUCAGCUGACAUGCAGCGCAGUCAAAGUGAUCGAACUGGACACUCUGCGAAGUCCAGUACCAGCAAUGACUCAGGACACAGUCACAGUCGCAGCACCGGUCAUGGACAAGCCACAUUUGCCCAGAGCUCGCACACGACCAGCAACGCCCCGCGUCACAGCGACAAGCAUCGACGAAAUUUGUCCAACAGCUUGCAGAGCAUGUCGCUCACCGCAGCUCGGGACAGGGCCGAAGCGGGCAUGCGGUAUCAACAAUCGGCAGGCGCACCAGCUUUGGGCAAUUUCCACGAUCCUUUGCCCAGCGCUGCCCAUCCGAGGAUGAGAAGGACGGCGAGCAACGUGGCGAUCGACGAUAUCGUGCAGAGCUUUGAGAACGAUCCUUCUUCACUUCGCACCAGAGUCUUUACCCCUGGUGAUCGAUAGUCUUUUUCGGCCUGCCUGCGAUUGUAGGAUUGCGCAUCACUCCACGAACAUCCUUUAAAUAUACUCACGACCGAUUCCCUUGAAAGAUCACUUUCACUCCGUAACGCAGAUCUGAGGGCGUGCGCAUCAGAUACCGGGAGGGGCAGAGGGGGCGCACCUGCCGGAGUGCCUUGAGAUCACGAGCGCGAUUAAGCCGAGGUUUGUGUGGUGCGUCUGUUCAAGCAGACUGCGGUGUGACGCUGUUUCUGCGUGAUCAUUCAGCAGCGCUCGACACUGUAUGCGAGCAGCGUUGAUACCUGAACGUCCGUCGUGGUGGGAAUGACGGCG